GGGCUGCCGGGGCAGGGGGCCGGCGGCGCUUCCCUGAGGCCGGAGCUAAGGCUAUGGGGGCACGGCCACGGCCACGGUAACCGGCUUUCGGCCUUUGCGUCCUGUGCGAGCCUGAGGGCUCCGAGGGGAGGUGGUGGCGCCGCUGCCUGUCCCCUUUCCGGGGUGGCAGCGCUUCAGCGCCGUCCCUGCGGCCGAGAGGCGGAGAGUCGGCCCGGUCACGGAGGAGGCCGCUGGUUAAGGGGUGAUGCUGUGAGCACAUGAAUAGUGUGAGAGGACUCUUGGCUGCCUCUGUAAUUUCUGUCCAGAACUCCUGCUUCAUCUAUCCUGCCUGUCAAAAAUGCUUGUCUCGGCUGGUACUGGAUUCUAGAAGGUUUAACUGUCUAAAAUGUGGCUGCACAGGUGAAGCUAAAGAUGCAAACUACAGAUAUAGAUUGGCCCUAAAGAUUGCUGACACUAAUGAUUUGUUUGACAUUACUGUGUUUGGAAGUUGCUUAGAUCCAUUCUUUGGGGUCACCGCAGAAAAUCUGCAGAGGUGUAUCCAAGACUUCAAUCAGCUGUCAGGGGAAACCGACAGAGAUACAUCUCCAGAAGUGUUACUUCAAGCAGUGGAAACCUGUUUCAUUGGAAAACGAUUUAUAUUUGGAGUGAAGGAUUGUGCAAGGGAGCAUGGAGGGUGUUCUGCUGCCAGCAGCAUCUUGCAAAACUGUUCCAGAAUUAAUAGAAGUACAAAAAACCUUACAGCUUGCCAGAUCUUCCUGCCAAACGCUGCUGUUACUGGCUUUACUGUUAUCAGCUACUUCCAUCGGCUUCUGCAGUCAGCAAAAUUCAGGAGCUGUAAUAACAGCUCGUACUUACUUGAAGCAUCUUCAUCUCCAAUAGAUGAACCUGCCUGUGAGCUCAGCAGCUUGUCAAGCCUGAGCAGAAACUCCUGUUUUGUUCAGUCUGGUGGCAGAGAAAGCUUUUUAGGGUCCUGGCAGCAGUCCUUUAGCCUGACUUCAUCUGUUGCUUGGGUAACGGCGGGGGACUCUCCCACUCUGGAAGUGGGAAAGCUGGUGAGUGAACAGCAUGAGCAAGAAGGGAGGCCUGUCACUCUGGAAUCGUGCAGUGUGAGCCUCAACAAACAAACUCUUUGGGAUUCAUGGGUUUGCAGCUCUUCCGUGAAGGAAGAGAAUAAAGAAGAGGGUAAUGAAUUUAGUUCACAGCCCAGUUGGCCUGACAGUAUCUCAGGAACUGAUAAAUUAGAGAGAGUAUCCUCUUCAAAGACCAGGUGUUCACAUGGAAACAGUUCCAGGUUGUUGCAACAUCCCUUGGAAUUAGAGACUAACAGUAGAAAUUAUUCUUACACAGAAAAAUCCCACAACUCCUAUUUUUACAGAACGGGUGCCUCGGCUUCUAAUCACCUAAAUGCAGCUGGAGUCCCUCAGACGGACUCUGUGCUUUGGGAGGAGCUCCCAUUCUCAGAAAGCCUAAAUGAAUUUUUAGCCAGAAUAGAAGAUGGCAAGAGUGUUGUAACCUCUCCCAGCCGUGAUGCAGGCAAACGUGCUUUGCUUGAGAGUAACAACUUGGGUGUAAAUCUUAACAAAGUGUAUCCCGGGCAAACCCUGGUGGCUGGUGAUUUGCCUGAAGCAAGUGUCUCGGGGAGGUUCUUGCCACCAGCAGAGAGUGAUCCUGGGGAGAACGUAUUGUGUGCUGGUGUCCAGUCAAAUGCAAAUCCUCAGAGGGAUGAGGUGUCACAACCUGAGUCUUCCUCUAGGGGUUUAUCUUCAGCUGACAAGGAAAGUGGAGCGUCUUGCUUUAUACCUCACCUGCCUGUUCUGUCACCGUCCUUGCCGCUUACACCAGAGCCUUCUGUUUCUGAGAGCAGCUACGUGCAGUCCAAAGGAGCAAAUGUUGACAUUUCCAAGUCAGCUUGGUCUUUUAUUAGUCAGCAGUGUACUGCUGGACACGGAGAAACCUCCUGUUUGGGAGGGAGCCAGGCAGCUACCUGUGUGCAUUCUGCACAUGACAGCUGGUCAGCUGGCUGUGAAAAUAAAGAGAACUCUUCUACACCAAGCCCAAGAACAGAUCCUGCAUUCACGGGGGCGUGGGGCUCCGAUCCAGCAACUCCCACCAAUGCAAGAAGGAUAUGUAAAAGAGAAUUAAAACCCUUGACAGAGCUGUCAGCAAAUACCUUCAAAAGCGUUAAUAGGAGAGAGAUGCUGUGGAGCAGUGUCUUCCCUGAGGGCAGCUACGACGCUUCUGCUGAUCUCUUCGAUGCAACUCUAAAACAGGUAGCAAAACCUGCCGAAGUCUUAAAUAAAUCGGGCAGGUCUUUAUCGCAGGAAGAUACCUUGACGGAAAAGGUCACAACGCCUGAAUCGGUGCUUUAUCUUGGAGAUGUUCCCUGUAACAGUUCAAAACUGAGCUCACCCCUGCAUCUGUCCCCCCCUGCUUUUAGCAAGCACAGCACACCAGGAACCUCCUCCUUUUGCAAUUCAGAAUGCAAUUCUGUCAGCGCUCGGGACUUUAUUCCUUAUUCACAGUCAACUCCUAUGACAAAACCUCUCCAGAAACGGUGGCCCGUUGGGGAAAGAAGCUCUUUUGUCACUACCUUCACCCCUAAAAUCCCCACUAAAAUCCAUUCCAAAGGCAAGCGAUCCAGGUCUUCCUUCCAGAACACUCUGCUGCAGCAGCUCACCGGCAGGUUGGUGAAACGUGAAAGGCCAAGUUACAGGGAAGGCAAAGUCAGUAAUAGCUCUGUUUCACAGCAGUUCUUUAGCAUCCAGCUGCCUGCUGGCUUUGAGGCGUGGAUCCCUCCAUCUGCUAGCAAAAGGUUGAAACCAGCUGCAUCUUUAAACUUAAAAAACAUCAGCUGGGUGACUGACUUGCAGUCGACCUGUGGGCACGCUGGCAGGAGCCCCGUUUCCGAAAGCACGUUGAAGAGUGAAAAUGAUGUAUGUGCUAGAAAUGAAAGCUCAACCCCCGGGAAUACAACCAGGAUUCUGACAACUCCUGUAUCUGCAGGUGUCACCAAGGCCUUUGUUUUAACCAAUCCCAUCCUGGAAACUUGUUCCCCUUCAGAAGGCAAGAAUCUCCUCUCAAGUGGAAGUUACUCAGGGGGUGUGUUGGAAGGGGCAGUUGGCUGGUCUCCUGAGUUGUUCUUCCAAGCACGGACCCCUUUUUCCAGUAAGCCAAAAUACUAAAAAAGUGUAUUUCUAUGCUGUGGCCUUUUAAAUUAUUUUUAAGACUUUUGGAAGGAACCAGUGAAAGAAAAAAGCUGUCUAACAAUUAAAUUGUUUAUACACCUAUUGGCAUAUGUCUGUCUGAGAUGAGUUCUGUUUGUUUGCAGGUCUUUGUACAACAGAGAUGGGGAAAAACAGAAUUUGCAAUUAUUAUAUUUUAUUGUAAAUUAACUCUAGAACGUGCAAUAAAAACUUUUGUAAAUGUGUGAGUAUUUAA